CCGACAUUUGAUCUGUCAACGUGCUGUAGUACGGCAAGCAAAAAAAUUGCCAUAAUCGGGAAAGGACCACUUCAACAUUUUGGAUUUGGAACGCGUUUGUGUCGAAUCGUUAAAGUUUAGCAAAAAAAAAACCACAGAACCUUAAUCUAAAGUCUUGAGUACUUCGCAAAUCCGCCAACAAGAGUUUACUUUAUUAAAAUAUAGGGAUAGAAAGAUAGAAGACACGUUCCCGUGACAUGAAUCUUGUGCACGCCCAACUACUGCUGCUGGCGCUUUACUGCCUGGGCUACGUUUGCUGCUCUCCGGCUAUCGGCCAUGAGGCACGGAACCAAGUCACAAGCGAUGGUGACGGCGAAGGCGACAAUGAUUUGCUAUUGAGUGCUGGUGAAGAUGUGCCAGAAAAUGGAGGCGAUAUCGAUAAGCGAGUGGAACGCUACGCCUUUGGGCUAGGUCGACGUGCCUAUAUGUACACCAAUGGAGGCGCCGGUAUGAAACGCCUACCGGUUUAUAAUUUUGGACUCGGCAAACGAUCGCGUCCAUACUCCUUCGGUCUGGGAAAGCGCAGUGACUAUGAUUACGACCAGGAAAACGAGAUUGAUUACAGGGCGCUGCCGCCUGGUUUCAUGGCAGCUGCGGGCAGGGCUAGUCGACAAAAUAAGCGUACGACGCGCCCUCAACCCUUUAACUUCGGCCUGGGCAGGCGUUAAGACCGCCCACCCUAAAGAGUGCACGGCUGUCAUCCCACUUCCAGUCGGAUGCUAGUUGUGAGCCGCUAAAAUAACUUUUAACUAUUAUAUCAAAUUGCUGUUACAUGGCUCAGACUUUCACAAAAGUCAAACUUAAAUAACAUUCAAAAACUAAUCUAAAGCUGAAAACUUGAUGUGGACUUCGUUCCUUUAUAAAUAAAAAGACAACUUUUAAAUUUUAUUUCUUCAAUUGAGGCGUUAAACUGCAGCAACAUUUUAGUUUAAACUAUAUUAUAUAAAUGCAAAAAAUAACAAACAAAAAAAAAUGAAAAAAACAAUGGCGUGUGCAAUUGAAAUAUGAACAGAAAUACAAAGAAUAUAUUCAAUUAUAUAUACAUAUUCGAUCUAAUCAAAUUUAAAUAAAUAUAUUAUACAUGUACAUUUUAAUGGGGUAUUAUUAUAAAAAUAAUUAUUUAUAUGUAUAUGUAUACUGGGCACUCUGUCUCCCACAUCGAGGAGGAUCAAUCGUUGUAACCGAAACGCGUAAAACCAAAACAUUAGUACCAAGUAUAUUCUAUAUAAGAACGAAUACAAUAUAUAACACAUACUUGAAUAUGUAUAUGGCAGAUUUAUGUAGCAAAGUGAUUAUUUAAAUUUAAAUAUAUGUAUUUGUUUUGUGAAUAUAUUUCAAUAAAUAUC